GGGGAUAAUUUCAUGAGAUCUCGCAUUCGAGUCCGUCCUCGUCUCGCGGUAGAAGAAUGGUCGAAAGCGGUUGUAAAAUGCCUGCUGGGGAGGCGUAUUGGCGACUUAGUAGGAUGAUCUUCGUUUACACAAGUGAGGGGUCGGAGAGCGGCUGUUCUGUUCCAGAGGAAACUGCAUUGGAGGGUGACAGUUCGUCAGCGGCAGGGGUCCAGUCGCAGAGAAAAAUCCAGUGCCUAGAUAACGUUGGGUUGCGCACGUCGAUACCAAGCCCACAGAUCCACCCUGUGACAACAAAGCUGUCGUCCUCCGAGUCGACUGUCAGACAGCAUCUAGAAAUUCAACUCCCCGUGUCGGUGACAGCGGCAUCCGGCAUUACAACAAAUAACCAGCCCCGUGAAGUGACGGUGGUGCCAACCCAGAGAUUGCAACCACGACUCCCCGUGUCGGUGACAGCGGCAUCCGGCAUUACAAGUAACCAGCCCCGUGCAGUGACGGUGGUGCCAACCCAGAGAUUGCAACCACGACUCCCCGUGUCGGUGACAGCGGCAUCCGGCAUUACAAAUAACCAGCCCCGUGCUGUGACGGGGGUGCCAACCCAGAGAUUGCAACCACGACUCCCCGUGUCGGUGACAGCGGCAUCCGGCAUUACAAGUAACCAGCCCCGUGCAGUGACGGUGGUGCCAACCAAGAGAUUGCAAUCACGACUACCUGUGUCGGUGACACCGGCAUCCGGCAUUACAACAAGUAACCAACCCCGUGCAGUGACGGUGGUGCCAACCCAGAGAUUGCAACCACGACUCCCUGUGUCGGCGACAGCGGCAUCCGGCAUUACAAGUAACCAGCCCCGUGCAGUGACGGUGGUGCCAACCCCCAGAUCGCAACCACGAGCCACUAGCAGCGAGCUUCCAGAUGCAUCGGCACUGCUGACCACAGAAAGCCAGCAACAUAGAGUGACGGACGCACCCCGUUUGACGCCAACCACGCCGUCUCUGCAGCGCCCUGCUGAAGCGGCUACCCGACGCCACUGUCGGUGUGGCUUGACGAGCGCGGCAGCUAUCCCUCUGACGUGUCUUGGCCAGCGGUGUCCUUGUUUCGCGGCUGGAAUCAGUUGCAGUGGAUGCCGGUGCAAGGGCUGCCGCAAUCCGGUGGACAAGAUUAUUGAGUUAUACGGCAAGACACAGGGCGCAGACGGUGACGACAACGCGGGAGACGAUGGCGAGCCACCCAAGACAUACGUAGUGAAUGUGGUCAAGUUGUAGAUGUAGACCUCGGGGAUGCCGUGUUGGAGAACAUCGUCCUCCAAAAUGGUGCAUUCUCUCCAGCGGGUUAAAGGACCAGAAAGAUCUUCCUGGUUGACCAGCCAGCAAAGUGCGUGAUGGUCAUUGAGAAUCCUGAAUGGCUUUUCAUACGCGUGUGGGCAAAAUUUAGUCAACGCCUAAUCGAUACCAAGGCACUCCUUGUCAAGGGGCCCCGAAAUGGUUAUCACCAUUUCGGGGUCCCUUACAAAGGAGUGUCUAAAGGUUUGUCACCGUUAAGGCUAAACAUCAUCACACCAUUCGCACCACAAAUUUAGUGAUAUGCCGUGUACCAGGGCCACUACAGACAAUUAUAUCUUAACCUCCUUCUCAUCUCUGCCUCGCCUCCUCAACUCAUGAGGCGCGCUGGCAGCGCUAGCGAUCGCAGUGUCUCCUGGGCGCCGGCUGCGCCGCUAGACGAUUGUAGUUUAUAUUCGUCUAGACCUUCGAAAUCACGCCCUGACAGCUUGCAAGUAGUCUCGGGGGCCAUCGCGUAAUGCGUGCGCAGCAUGCCAACACGGCAGCACGACAGCACGUCAGGAAAAAAAAAAAACGAAGGUCGCCGAGUGGUUCAUAUCUCCUCCGACAGAUGGCGCCACACUACCAGCCAAUCAUCCGCGCAUUUUACACCUUCUGACAAUCAAUCAGAUCAGACGCCGCGGUGACGUGCUGCUGACAUGUUUUUCUAGUCAAGAGCUUGUCGCUCUCCGAAUGGGUGGUUGAAAACGCGUUCGGGCGAGUUGCAACUAUCUGUAGCGAUUCGUAGCUUUAAAGCGUUGUAAUAAAUUACACAGUGUACAUAGAGAGCUCAAAUAGGUCUGUAAAUAACCUUCGGAACUUUGUCUACCGGCCCAAUGUGUGUCUACAAAAUCGCCAACGCCGUUUCAGUGCCUUUUCAGUCGUCAAGUAGGUCUUUUCAGCCAUAGGCGGAGAGUACGGGGGAGGGGGGGGGCUAUUCCGGGCUGCACCAUGGGCAAGAAGAGCUCCCCCUCCACCCCUUGCCUGGGAUAUUCUUCAAGAGCUGGGCUAAGGCUCUCAUUCAUCGCCGACUAACCCUUAAUUAUCCUGUCUUAUAGCUAUUUCACAGAGGACCGUUUAUGCCCGUUCCUUUUGUUUCAGGCUUCCAAAAUUCGGAUCAUGGGGUAGUAACAAGUAGGGAGUUGGCGCCGUGGUCAGCAAUACGAGACGGACAGCAAUAUGAGAGAGCAAGUCUGGCGGCGCCGCGCCCCCUCCGGGAAUAUGAAAGCCUUCCGCCUGUGCUUUCAGCAUUAGAUAAUGCCCUGCUGGCGUUGUGAUAACACGUUCGAGGCCACCAUUUUUCUGAACCAGAACGGCACCUAGAGCUACACCACUGGCGUACGUAUGUUUUUCCGUCUCUGCAUUCUCGUCUAAGUGGCCUAGAAUUGGCGGCGCCUGCAGUUGUCGCUGAAGUUUUCCAAACGCACUUUACUGAGGUUCGUUCCACGUGAAUUGCGUGUCCGCUCCUGUAAGGUGUGCGACAGGCUAUGCUUAAUGGGAAAAGUUCCUCACAAAACGCUUGUAGUACGCGCACAAUCCCAGAAACAUGCGUACAGCUUUCUUGUUUGUGGGCUGCGGGAAGUUUGCAAAGGCGGCCGUCUUCUGAGAGAGAGAGAAACAUUUUUCGCGCAUCCGGCGUGCGGGAAGUCACCGGCAGCGCAGGGCGCGGGUAUUCCCUAUCUGAAGACUAUGGCUACUAGUCCUAUAGUCCCAGCCCCUAGAUCUUGAGGACGUUGUGCUCCGGCUAGGCGUUGGAUACUCGGGCUCCUCCGCUCCCGUUGUCCGGGGCGUCGGUUCCCUUUCUCGUCUGCUUUGCCAGGGCCUCCUCAAGCCGCUGGACGGCCCUUCGUUGUGUGGUUGAGUCUUGGGAGCGUAUCCACGCUCCCACCUCUUCGCGAUACGUGGCGUCCUGGCACUGCCCAUUCCCAUUGUUCACACCACUGUUACACCCGCCCCACAUGAUGUGGCGAAGGGUGGCUAGUUCACGUUCGCACACGCUACACUUAGCGUUCGUCUUCUGUAGGGUCGGGGCCCAUGUCGUGGCGGCUAAUUGCGUGGCCGAGAAAUAAGAGCUGAUCAAGACUUAAUCGCUUCGAGGACAGACAGUUCGCCCUUCUUGUAUUCAGUGAUCAGAAAAUAUUAUGGAAACAAGCACCAUUGGCAACUCUAGCAGUUAAAUAACAAUACAACUGUGAAUGCGAACAGAAUAUCUCAUAUUAAGCUUCCUUUGAUCCUCGCCAGACUACGAGUAUGAAAUCGCCACAUAAAUAUUGAAUAUAAGCUUUGCGGUAUCACUUAGGAACAGUACAUACUGCUUAAUGCAGCACACGUGCUGUGGAAUGUUUAGCUUACAGAUCAACGGCAUCAUAGGCGGAGAAUUCUCAUAUUCCCAGAAGCGGCGGGAGCCGAAUUUCUAUUCCACAUUCUCUUUCUCUCCUACAUAUAUAUGAAGAGAAAGUUUUAUUGAUAGUAUUAGAAAGGUAAUAAAUAUGCGUCUGUCACAUAAAAAUAAACUUUCGUUUUCUUGAUCUAUACAUACCGUACUUAUUUUGCUCAAGAGCCGUGCAAAUAGCGCAAUUAUCGUCAUUUAGUGUCUUCGUUCACAAUGUAACCAUGGCCCCAGACUUCCUAGUUGUCACUUGCUAAUGAUGCGAGUAUUAAAAGCCUGAAAGGAAAAGGCUGGCAUAAACAGUGCGUUGCCAAUGGACGAGAGCCUAAGCCAAGCUUUAUAAAAAUAUUCUAGGUCAGACCGAGGCUCUGCCCUCCAUGAAUCAGCCCGGAGGGGGCACGAGCCGCCCCUUUCUCCCUUACACCCCGCCCCCCCUGUGACUUCUGUUGUUGGACUUUUUCAGAAGUGUUUUGCUUUACUUAAGUAAACGUGCUGAAAAUAUGUCAUUGUAAAUUGCAUCCAUAACACAUAUGUAAUUGUAGGCGGAGUUGCCUGGUGCUCUGACGCACUGAAAAUAAAUACGAGCAGUGGUCUAGGGUGCGUUAAGUAAAAUAUGUCCUGCAUUAUUUCUGCAACUCGCUUUGCACGGGGAAAAAAAACGUGAAAUGUAAACAGACAUUUUGUCCUUGUUUUUGUGUUCUUUUACACCAAAUAUGCACCUGUGUGCACCUGGCAGUCAUCAUGAUCUGUAUGGCACCUUGAUUGUAAACUAUGUUCUUUUGGGGUUAAUUUGCCCUUGGGCUAGCCGAAUGCUGCACUUUGUUUUGAUUAUCGUGGAAUUCUCAUGAAUUUUUGUGCUUUAUGCAUUUUUUCUCUCUAAUACAUUACUUUUCUCGCGCAGCUGUGCUCGAUGCAGAUGUGUAUGUUUUGUGUCUUGCAAAUAUAUUUCUUUCCUCUUUUUCUUUUUUUUUACACAAACUGAUGUAAACUUGUGUAUACCUGCAAAUUUUCAUGUUCUUUCCUUGUAUCCCCUCCCCCACUAUAAUGCCUAUAUGGGCGCUGUGGGUCUUAAAUAAAUAAAUAAAAUGAGUAUUAAAUAAAUACAAAG